GAAGGCUGUGUGCAGCUCCAUUCUGGUUUUGGCAAGCAUAGUGUCUGGCCACGAAGACAAUGCAGAGCAUACUGACUGCUAACUGUGCCCGUGUUUGAGAGUCUUCCUACAGUGGAAAAUGGGGAAUUCAGAAAGCCAAUACAGUCUUCAGGGAUCAAAAAAUCAUGCUGCUACUACAGCUGGUGCCAAGCAAAAGCCUUGCUCUCUGAAAAUUCGCAGCAUUCAUGCUAAAGAUGAAAAGUCUUGCUCUAUGCAUGGAUGGGGACAUACCAGCAGCGGCUCAAACUAUAAAUCAAGGUCCCUUGCCAGAAGCUGCCUUUCACACUUCAAGAGUAGUCAGCCUUAUUCCUCUAGACUUGGUGACACUGUGAUGGUCUCCAAAAGCAAUGUCCAUGCCAAACACAGGACAAAUGCCUCGGGGGACUACUGCCAAGGGAAUAACAUGAUGUUUUUGCCAGAGAAUGGUUUCCACUAUAUUGGCCUCCAAGCUGGAAGUAAUCAUGCUGCCUCUCGAGAAUGCAAUGGCCACAUUUUAAAUUGCUAUGGAAAGAAUGAGAGUCUUGCAUCAACCUCCCCGUCAGAGGACAGGAGGAGUCCUAAAGUUCUCAUUAAAACUCUGGGGAAGCUGGAUGGUUGCUUGAGGGUUGAGUUCCACAACAGCAACAACAGCAAGGUACCAACCGAGGAGUCCAGUGGGCCAGUGCAGUUGCUGAGGUAUUCCCCUGCCUUGGAAUCUAAGCCAAAUAACCUGCUUGAUGUCAGGAGGAACUCCAGUGCAGAUUGUUCUUCAAGCCAUCGUCUGUCACCUACCGAUUCAAGGCUUCGGUCUAGUAAAGGGAGCUCCCUGAGCUCUGAGUCUUCAUGGUAUGACUCCCUCUGGGGAAAUGCUGGGGAUAUCAAUGAGCUGGAUGGUUCAUAUUUGACCAGGAGCACUCCAGACACAAGCAUUCAUGCCAGUUUUCCAGCAAGCGACAACAAGAAGUCCUUCAACCAAAGUUCAUCUCUUUCCUCACUCCGAGAUCUCUAUAAGGAUACAAAUUUGGAAAGCACUCCUCCGCCUGGGAUCAGGCUGUCUGAUGAGUAUAUUGACACUCCUGGUAGCCUAAGCAACCGUGUCUCCUUUGCCUCAGACAUCGAUGUUCCCUCCAGGGUAGAGCAGGGAAGUCCUGCACAUUACACCUCCUACACCCUCCCGUGCAGAAAGUCUAAGCCCCUUGGUGAAGAUGCAUCCAAGAAGGAUACGUUAAAGAACCGAAUGCGGCGCAUCAGUGACUGGACGGGAAGUCUUUCAAGGAAGAAAAGGAAGCUGCAGGAGCCAAAGUGUAAAGAUGGGAGUGACUACUUUGACAGCAGAAUGGACAACUUCACUACAGACACACUGGCACCAUCACAGCUCUCCACUUUACUGUGGUCUCCUGGCUCCAGCCAUGCCCUGUCCCAGAGAAGCGAGUACAAUGCUGUCAGCAGUGAUGCCUUGAGGCAGAACAUUUAUGAGAACUUCAUGCGGGAGCUGGAGAUGAGCAGGAUGAACUUGGAGAAUACGGAGACCUCGUCGGAAACAGAAGACUCCAGUGGCGAGUCCCUUAGCUCCUUGGAGCAGCUGGAUUUGUUGUAUGAGAAAGAGCAAGGAGUGGUGCGCAAGGCAGGGUGGCUGUUCUUCAAACCCUUGGUGACCCUGCAGAAGGAGAAGAAGCUGGAGCUGGUCACACGACGGAAGUGGAAGCAGUACUGGGUUACACUCAAAGGUUGUACUCUACUGUUUUAUGAGACCUAUGGAAGGAACUCAAUGGAGCAGAGCAGUUUGCCUCGAUACGCCCUGUUUGCAGAAGACAGCAUAGUUCAGUCUGUUCCAGAACAUCCCAAGAAAGAAAAUGUGUUCUGUCUCAGCAAUUCUUUUGGAGAUGUCUACCUAUUUCAGGCAACAAGUCAGACGGAUCUGGAAAACUGGGUUACUGCCAUACAUUCAGCCUGUGCUUCCCUCUUUGCAAAGAAGCUUGGGAAAGAGGACACUGUCAGGCUGCUGAAAAAUCAGACCAAGAGUCUCUUCCAGAAGAUUGACAUGGAUGGCAAAAUGAAAAAGAUGGCAGAGUUGCAGCUCUCAAUUGUUAGCGAUCCAAAAAACAGAAAGGCCAUAGAAAAUCAGAUCCAGCAAUGGGAACAAAACCUGGAAAAAUUUAACAUGGACCUUUUCCGAAUGCGAUGUUACCUAUCCAGUUUGCAAGGUGGGGAGCUCCCAAACCCAAAGAGCCUUUUGGCUGCUGCCAGCCGUCCUUCAAAACUGGCACUGGGGAGGCUCGGCAUUUUCUCUGUCUCAUCCUUCCAUGCACUGAUCUGCUCCAGGGAUGAAGCUGCUCUCAGGAAACGUACCCUGUCUCUGUCCCAGAGGGUUCGAAAUAAGAAGGGUUUGUUUUCUUCUCUGAAAGGACUGGACACAUUGGCAAGAAAAGGAAAAGAAAAGCGACCCUCCAUAACUCAGGUUUUUGAUUCAGCAGGAGGACAUGGAUUUGCUGGCAUGCAGAAUUCAGCCAACUCUGCUGAGCAGCAAGUCGACGAUUUUUUGAAUGUCUACUGCUCAGUGCCAGAGAGCAUCCAGAAGGAGAAUGCUUGGGAAACACAGACGUACGUUCAUUUCUGUGAUGGCCAAGCUGUGGCGCUGACACUCAAGCCAGAGCACAGGGUGGAGGAUGUUUUGUCUUUGGCGUGCAAGAUGAAACAGCUGGAGCCAAGACACUAUGGCCUACAACUCAGAAGACUGGUUGAUGAAAAUACUGAGUAUUGUGCUCCUGAACCAUAUGAAUACAUACUAGACCAGGUGUAUGAUGAAAUAGAAAUUUGUCCAUUAAAUGUUUAUCAUGUUCAUCUUACAAAGACUGAAAACAUAAGUGAUUAUGGCUUUGCUGUCACAGCCCAAGUUGCUGAGAAUGAACAUCUCACCCAUAUCUUUGUAAGUGAUGUUCUCCCUGAUGGACUGGCAUACAAGGAAGGGCUCCGAGUAGGCAAUGAAAUCCUGAGCAUAAAUGGAGAGGCUGUGUCUGAUCUUGAUCUCAGGCAGAUGGAGUUACUGUUUUCAGAGAGAAGCGUAAUGCUGACAGUGAGAACCAGCCAUUGUGGUACCCAGCAACCCUUAUGUGUGUCCUGGUCAGAUGGUGACAUUUCCAGAGACCCCAAGAGUUUGUUACCCCCUCCAAACCAGUCACAGCUCCUGGAAGAGUUUCUAGAUAACUUCAAAAAGAACACAGCAAAUGACUUUAGUAACGUGCCUGACAUCACUUCCAGUUUGAAAAGGAGCAGUACUGAUGGCACUCUGGACCAAGUGCCACACAGGGAGAAGACUGAUCCACCCUUCAGGAGUGCAGAGCAGAUCAGUGCAUUGUGCCGAAAUUUCCAAGAAGUCCAAGCAAGCAAUAUGGAAGGACAGAAGGACAACCAGGAUCCACCUCCACGACCACUGGCUCGCCACCUUUCUGAUGCAGACAGACUGAGGAAAGUCAUCCAAGAACUUAUGGACACUGAGAAAUCUUAUGUCAAGGACUUGAGCUGCCUCUUCGAGCUAUACUUGGAGCCCCUUCAAAAAGAAACCUUCCUUACUCAGGAUGAGAUGGAAUCCUUGUUCGGCAGCCUGCCAGAAAUGCUGGAUUUCCAGAAGGUAUUUUUGGAGACCCUUGAAGAUGGAAUAUCUUCUUCCUCAGAUUUUAAUACAUUGGAAACACCAUCUCAGUUCCGGAAAUUGCUGUUUUCUCUUGGUGGCUCCUUUCUGUAUUAUGCUGACCACUUCAAACUGUACAGUGGCUUCUGUGCAAACCACAUCAAAGUUCAGAAAGUUCUUGAGAGAGCCAAAACAGAUAGUGCUUUUAAGACCUUUCUGGAUGCUCGAAAUCCCACAAAGCAACAUUCUUCUACACUGGAGUCAUAUCUCAUAAAGCCUGUUCAGAGAGUGCUGAAAUAUCCUCUGCUUUUAAAAGAGCUGGUGUCUCUGACAGACAAUGAGAGUGAGGAGCAUUACCAUCUGACAGAAGCACUGAAGGCAAUGGAGAAAGUAGCAAGUCACAUAAAUGAGAUGCAGAAGAUAUAUGAAGAUUAUGGCACUGUAUUUGACCAACUGGUUGCAGAACAAAGUGGAACAGAGAAAGAGGUGACAGAGCUUUCAAUGGGAGAACUUCUGAUGCACUCUACAGUUACCUGGCUGAAUCCUUUCCCAUCGCUGGGCAAAGCAAGGAAAGACCUUGAACUUACAGUGUUUGUUUUUAAGAGGGCUGUAAUACUGGUGUAUAAGGAGAACUACAAACUGAAAAAGAAAAUGCCUACUAAUGUUCGUGCUGCACAUAAUUAUGGUGACUUGGAUCCAUUUAAAUUUCGUUGGCUGAUUCCUUUAUCUGCUCUUCAAGUCCGACUGGGGAACACAGCAGGAACAGAGAACAGCUGUAUCUGGGAACUGAUUCACACCAAGUCAGAACUAGAAGGCAGGCCAGAAACAAUUUUUCAGUUGUGCAGCAGUGAUUCUGAGAACAAGACUAACAUUGUGAAGGUCAUCCGUUCUAUUCUGCGGGAGAAUUUCAGACGUCACAUAAAAUGCGAGCUACCACUGGAGAAAAAAUGUAAAGAUCGCCUCAUCCCACUUAAGAAUCGUGUACCUGCAACAGCCAAACUGGCUUCCACAAGAUCCUUGAAGUUACUGAAGAAGUCAUCCAGCAGCGAGUGGAACGGUGACCAGGGAAAAGGCACCUUCCAGGACUCUGAUGAGUGCAGCCUAAGCAGCAGCACUCAGAGCAGCAGCUGCCACACUUCUGAGAGCAUCCAGGAGCCCAAAAAUUCAUCUCCUGAUAAACAUGCAGAGAGCACUGCAUCUGACUUUUCUAAUGUUCUUGUCAAAGAAUCUGACAUUCUCAGUGAUGAUGAUGAUGAUGAUGAGGACUAUCGGAGCCUAAAGAAAGGCAGCCCUACAAAAGACAUUGAAAUACAGUUCCAGCGGCUGAAGAUUUCAGAGGAACCCAGUGCUGACACUGAACAGGAUCAGGCUGCUGAAAAUGAGGCUGAAGAUGGCUUUCAGAUAGCAGAGCAUCCAAAGCUCGUGCGGGGCCAUUUCUGCCCAGUGAAGAGAAAAGUAAACAGCACAAAGCGUAGCAGAGGAACUCUAAUGGCAAUGCAAGAACGUCACCAAUCCCUUGACAGUCACUCGGAUGCUGCAAACCUGGAUCUGAACUCUAUCUUAGAGAGAGAAUUUAGUGUCCAGAGUUUAACAUCUGUAGUUAAUGAGGACUGUUUUUAUGAAGCUGUGGAGAGGCAUGGAAAAUCCUAGCUGAAUAUUAAAACAUUCAUUUGAAGUUCACAUAAAAUUCAACAAACAUUUUGCUUUAAAAUUAGUAAAUUCAUGGAAGCUGCAGGAAAACUACUAUCUGAUUUUGUGCACUAAUACAUUUUUGCUCAAAAACAGCUGUAAAGGAUUCUUAAGUUAUUUUAAUUUAUUGUGGAUCAAAAAUAGAUUAAGUUGGCCCAGGUUUGUAAAUUACUUCAUACCUUUCAAGCAUUUAUUAAGACAGUGUAAUGUUUCUUGGAGAUGGCCUCAUUAAUAUUUUAAGUAAUGUGGAAAAGGUGCUAGUGAGUGGCAGAGGGGUUUACAAUGGAAAGUAGCAUUGCAAACUGAGAUUUUCAGUACCUUGGGCAUUUUAUUUCUUUGGUUUUCAUGUUUGCUUUAUUUAAAGCACAAUUAAGUUAUUUUAAUGUUUUAGUGCACAACAGUGCAGAAGUUUCAUUUUUGUAUGUUUCAAUGCUGUUUAUACUUUAUACAUAUGUGUAAAUACAAAAACAAAGCUUGGCCUGUAAUCUUUUAUUUGACUGUAUUUUUUAUUUUCUCUAUGAGCCUGUACAGUAAAAGACAAAUAAGUAUUAGC